AUGACUGAAAAACACCAGCCUUUUUAUAAGCGAAUUGGAGUUCGAGUACUCACAUGUUUCUUGAGGCUGCGGGCCCACCUCCAACAAUGUUGGGAUGUCACUGUGACGGAUUAUUUUGUUAAUAAGGAAGAAGAACCCAUUCCUUUAACUGACAGUACUUUUUACAAGGAAAGAAUUACAGCACUUGGCUACAUGUUGAAGAAUAAAUCUCUAUCUCUUGAAAUAAGAGCUCAAGCUGCAAAGAAAAUUGGAAUUCUGGCUUUCACAGGAGGACCAGGUGCUGAGAAACUUGCAGCUGAGUACAUGAAGGAAGUAGCUUACAUGUUGCAAAGUGAAGAGGUGGCGCCCAAAAUAAAGAUCCUGCUGCUCCAAAGUGUAGCAUGUUGGUUCUACUUGAACCCUGGGAGCCAGAAAGCGGCCAGACGCCUGCACUUCAUUCCUCUUCUUGUCAAAUUGUUGGAAAGUCCUCCUCAACACUCUGUCAGGGUAGAGAAGAAUCGCCUCAUGGUUAAAUUUUGGACAUGUUAUGCUCUCUGUGUCCUAGUGUACAAUAACUUAUCUUUCUUAAAGGAGCUUAAAGAGUACAGUGCUCUAAAAUAUAAUUUGCAAGUACUAGCUUCAGAGAAUUGGAUGGGAUGGCCUGAGAAUUUUGCAGAGUUGCUACAUCACCUAACUUGUCUUUACAAUAACUAA